CACGACUUUGUUCACGUUGAGCAAUAACUGAUCAAAAGGGAGAAGAACCUGCGAAGCGAAUUCAGCGCUCCAGCUGAUGUUAUUCUGUUUUGGUUGGUACGCGGUGGCCUCUAGUUUGUUCUUUUCUGGUCGACGUUGCGCCGUAUCACAAUGCCUUUAGCAAAGGAUUUGUUGCAUCCCACUCCUGCUGAGGAGAAGAGAAAGUGCAAGCUCAAGAGACUUGUGCAGCACCCAAAUUCAUUUUUCAUGGAUGUUAAAUGCCCAGGUUGUUUCAAGAUUUCCACAGUUUUUUCCCAUGCCCAGACAGUAGUUGCUUGUGUUGGAUGUGCGACUGUCUUGUGCCAACCUACUGGUGGCAAGGCUAAAUUGACAGACGGGUGUUCAUUCAGAAGGAAGCAAAACUGAUUGUGUUGGAAGAGCCUCCCUUAAAAUCCUUUUGUCUGUUAUUACCAUGAACUGAGACUUAUUAUAUUGAGAGGCUAAA